AUGUCUUCUGUUCUCGAUGCUUCUGAUAUCAGCUCUCUGAGGAAAUUCAGUUUUCUUACACUCACAGAUGAUGAUUCAAAUAAAGACUCCAUAAAACAAACACCAGUUCUGGCUAAAGACUGUAAGGACCACCAUGGAAAUGGUCACAAUACCUCCGGUGUGUAUGAGAUUUAUCCCUAUGGCACCAUUACCAGUCCUGUCAGAGUUCACUGUGAUAUGGACACAAUGGAUGGUGGAUGGACGGUUAUACAGAAACGAGAGGAUGGAUCCCAGAGCUUCGAAAAGAAUUGGGAAGAAUAUAAGAACGGAUUUGGGACACCGAAAAAGAAUGACUGGAUCGGAAAUGACGUCAUUCAUCAGUUAACAAAGGGAAAGAACUCGAAACUAUAUGUUUCCAUCACACUAGCGAAUGGUAGCAGACUAUAUGAGUUGUAUGCUGGCUUCUCCAUUUCCAAUGAAGCGGAGAAGUAUCGACUCUUUCUGGCUCCAACUGCCACAGGAACCUUGGGUGAUAGGAUGUUGAACACUGGUAAGUCCGGGGCGGAUUUAUCAGGGAUGUACUUCUCUACCCCAGACAGAGACAACGACAGAUGGAGUGGAGGUAAUUGUGCUGCUAAGUGGAAAGGAGGCUGGUGGUAUAACGCCUGUCACGACGCUUUCCUCAAUGGUCCCUGGUAUCCAGAGAACUGGCAUGAUCCUUGGAGGCCUACAGUUACAUCCAGUACAUCUGUCAGGGGAACAGUGAUGAUGGUCAAACGUCAUUAG